UCCUCUAUAAUAUUGGUUUCUUAAAAUUUUAACCGAAAAUGGCAUGAAGUGUUAUUUUUGCCGUGAGAGAUUGUUAUCUGGUUAAACAAUGUACUGUUAAUCGAUGAAUCGAGCUCAGCAGACUUCCAGAAUCAAUUUCCCUGCGUUUGUCCUCAGAACCGGCACUCCAAUGGCGGUCAUGCUCCGCUGUUCCUGCUUACUUUCUCGUCCUCACUUACGGCAACCUCCGCUUCGCGGCCAAUUUUCAGGCAACAUGGACCUCGUUCCUGGAAGAUUUGCGCCUCUCUGUUUGAAAGUGGAAAAGUUUGUGCCAUUCUUGAAAGUUACAUUUGCGAAGUCUUCGGAAACUCAACCUAUGCUGUCCUGCUCAAAUUGUCAGGAAGACAAAAACCUGGCGUUUCUGGCAAUGUUAUUUCUUGCCAACAAUAUUUUAAUGCUCUCCACCCCGUGUAAAGCUCUGGCAGAAACAUGUGAUGCUAAUAACUCGUCUUUCAACAUGCCUUUACUACUAUCAGUAGCUCUCAUUGGGGCCACUGUUGGAGGGCUGCUUGCUAGGCAACGGAGAGGGGAAUUGAAGAGGCUGAAUGAUCAACUACGGCAGAUCAAUGCAGCUUUGAGGAGGCAAGCCAAAAUUGAGUCUUAUGCUCCUACCCUGAGUUAUGCUCCUGUUGGUGGUAGGAUACUUGAAAAUGAAGUUAUAGUGGAUCCAAGAAAAGAGGAGCUGAUUUCCAAAUUGAAAACUGGGAAGAACUUUCUAAGGAAUCAAGAGCCAGAAAAAGCAUUCCUAGAAUUUAAGAUGGCUCUUGAGAUGUCUCAAAAUUUGAAGGAUCCUGUCGAGGAGAAAAAAGCUGCUAGAGGUUUAGGAGCCUCACUGCAAAGGCAGGGCAAGUACCGAGAAGCAAUUAAAUACCAUUCCAUGGUGUUGGCCGUCUCUGAAAGAGAAGGAGAGGACUCCGGAAACACUGAAGCUUAUGGGGCAAUUGCUGAUUGUUAUACUGAGCUUGGAGACCUUGAGCGAGCUGGUCAGUUCUAUGACAAGUAUAUUUCGAGGUUGGAAAAGGAUUAACUAAUCAUUCUGACAUGGCUAUGAUUACGUGUUCGAUGAAAUAAUGACCAUAGACUUGGUAUAGUUUGCCAAUUUUGGCUUGCCAUCAUCAGUUUCCUGCGGAAUUUUCAAUUCCUUUUUCUUUAUUUACGUUGGUUGACAGUUCCGCAUCAUUGUGACUGUAAACUCGAAAAGAAAAAACUUGGUCAAAAAGAAUUAUAAGAACUUGAAGGGCUUUUUGCGCUUGAUAUGACA